AUGUCCCUCCCGACCCCUUCAAUGACCCUCUACGUGUCCAAUCUGGAAACAAAGACGAAAAAGCCAGAAUUACAUUCACAGCUGUACUCUCUCUUCACGCCGUAUGGUCGAGUGAUCGACAUUAUCGCGAAGAAGCACGAUGGAGGCCGGGGUCAAGCCUUCGUCACAUUCGACGAACAAGCAGCCGCCACAUCGGCCAUGCGGGCCCUGCACGGCGAGCUCUUCUACUCGAAAGAACUGAAAAUAACCUACUCCCGAAACCCCUCCAACUCUACGAUAGCACGAACGAACCCCGAUGCCUCGCGCGAAGCCGCCGCUGUGCGCGCUGCCAAGCUGACCGUGUCGAACGCGCAGGGCGAAUACGAGCAGCUGGAGAAGGACCGGGAGGCGGAGGAAUUGAAGGCGCUGGGAGGGAAGCGGAAUUUGGAGGAUGGGGAUCAAGGGGAUGGGGAGCCGGCGGCUAAGCGGGCGAAAGGGGAUGAGGCGGAUGAUGAGGAGAUGGAGAUUGAGAUGGAUAUGGAUGAUGAGGAUGCGGAGGGAUCAGAAGGGAAGGAUGGCAAAUCUGUUGUUUGCACAAAUUUACCGCCAGAAUGUAAUGAGCAAAUCAUGUCCGCGUUGUACUCUCAAUACCCCGGCUUCUCCCGCGCCGGCCCCCUCCCUUCCUCCCGCUCCGCCCCAUCCUCCCAUCCCGCUCCCAACCCAGGCGCCAAGUCCUUCCUCAUCACAUUCGAAACGGCCGAGCAGGCAAAAGGAGCCGUCAGCGAGACCAAGGCGUACUUGAUGCAGCCCGGAUGGGAGAUGGGUGUUAGUGUAGAUCAAUAG